ACCAAGUGUGUAUGAUUCGUUAGCCUCUGUGAAAGAAACUUCAACAGCCAGCAACAUGGUUCAGUGGACAGACUUUGAGCGCGCCACCAUCCAGAGCGUCUUCGAGAAGAUGGACUACGAUGACGUAGGCCCCGCGGCUCUUUCCAGGUGUCUUGUCGUGUACCCCUGGACCCAGAGGUAUUUUGGUAACUUCGGAAACCUGUACAACGCCGCUGCCAUCCAGGGAAACCCAAUGGUCGCCGCUCACGGAAAGACCGUCCUGCACGGACUGGACCGGGCUGUCAAGAACAUGGAUGACAUCAAGGCCACCUACGCAGAGUUGAGCGUGCUGCACUCCGAGAAACUGCACGUGGAUCCCGACAACUUCCGGCUGCUGGCUGACUGCCUUACUAUUGUCGUUGCUGCGAGAAUGGGUGCUGCCUUCACCGCUGACGUCCAGGGUGCUUUCCAGAAGUUCCUGGCGGUGGUGGUGAGCUCCCUGGGCAAACAGUACCACUAGAACCCCUCCACUCAGAGACGGACGACCAUCAGAGAACCAACAAGCGCUGAUAAUUUGUUUAGAGGCACAUGUUGUUCCUUCUACUAAAGCAAAUAAAAUCAGCGAAUUCA